AUGAAUGAUACCUUCUCCCUCACAGAGCUUCAGUUGGUGUUGAACCAUCUGAAGGACUACUCUCCAGGUAUCGAUGGGAUCCCGUACUCUCUUUUAACUCACAUGGGCCCCACAUCCAAAAAAUAUUUCCUAGACAUAAUCAACUGUAUAUAUUCAACAGGGGCAGUUCCUGAUGACUGGAAAACCCAUAUUAUAAUACCUAUCCUUAAAACUGGAAAAGACCCCUCUACAGCCACUAGUUACCGUCCAAUAGCCAUUUUAUCCACUCUAUCAAAGAUAAUGGAGCACCUCGUCAAAAACCGCCUAGAGUGGUUACUAGAAAAUAGAGGCAUCUUGCCUAAAAGCCAGUUUGGUUUUAGAAAGGGUUUGAGUACCUCUGACAGCCCUUUGAUUUCUAAUGUCACACUUGCAUUUUCCCAAAAGAACUUCCUUGUAGGUGUCUUCUUGGAUGUUUGCGCAGCUUACGAUAAUGUUAUACUUCCGCUGCUCAGGCAUAAGAUGCAUCAACUGAGCAUCCCUGUGAGGAUAACGAACUUUGUGUCAAACCUUUAUUCAGGAAGACAUGUUCUAGUGCGCGUAGAGGGUAAUUUCAUGCCAGAGUCCCCUUCUGUAUAA